CCUUCUGUUUCGUGGUUGCGGAUACAUACACAUUCCACAACGUCCCCAACAGAAGCAGGCUGCCUAAUCUUCACUCCCCACCAAGGUCAGCAAGAAGUCCUUGUAAUACCCGGAGGUGUCGCCGACGACAUCGCUGGUCACCGUGGUCUUGAACCUGGCCUUGUACUCCUCUUUGAUCCUCUCCAUGCCGAUCUCGGCCCCGGACACGAUCGCCCUGGAUGCAGUUGGAAAGUUUUUUAGAUACGCGAGACUACGAAGCUGCUACCAGUAUAAAUAAACAGGCUGGCAUUGACCAACUCGUACCAGCUGGAGAGCCGUGGGCGCGGCGAGCUUUGCGUAGGCGAUGCCGCAGCAGGUCCUCGCGCAAGCCGCCAGCAGCAACAGCAGCUCGCCGCCGGCGUCGCCCCAGCCGCCGCGUCCCAGGCAGCAGGCGGCGAGGAAGCAGGAGAAGGAGCCGCAGCAGCGGGAGACCAGGGAGGCGGCGGCGGCGGCGGCCAUGGCCGCCGCCGACGAGCACCAGGACCUCACCAGGGCCUUCGCAGGCAUGGGCGGGCUGGGCGUGGACGAGGCGGCGCUGGUGGCGGCGCUGGGGCGGUGGCGGCGGCAGCCGGAGCGGCGGGCGCAGUUCCGCCGCGGCUUCCCGGGCUUCUUCUCCGCGAGCGCCGGCGCCGGCGCCGGGAUCGAGCGGUGCGAGGACGAGUACCUGCGGCACCUCGAGGACGAGUUCGCGCGCUUCCGGGACGCCGCGGUGCUGUGGGCGCUGCACCCCUGGGAGCGCGACGCGCGGUGGGCGCACCACGCCAUGCACGGGGCGGCGGCGCACCCGCGGGGGGUCCUCGUCGAGGUCGCCUGCACCCGCGCCGCCGACGACCUGCUCGGCGCCCGCCGCGCGUACCAGGCGCUCCACCACCGCUCCCUCGAGGAGGACGUCGCCUACCGCGUCAAGGACGCCACCGCCAGCCUGCUGGUUGGGCUGGUGACCGCGUACCGUUACGAGGGCGCGCGCGUGAGCGAAGAGCUGGCAGCGGAGGAGGCCAAGGCGCUGGCGGCCGCCGUCAAGGCCGCGCCGGCGGCGAGGCUGGUGCAGAACGAGCAGGUGGUGAGGAUUCUCGCCACCAGGAGCAAGCCCCAGCUCAGGGCCACCUUCAAGAUCUACAAGGAGCUCCAUGGCAAACCACUAGAAGAGGAUUUCUCCGGCGAGCCGUGCCUGCAAGAGGCCGUGAGGUGCCUGGACUCGCCGCCCAAGUACUUCGCCGAGGUGAUCGGCAGGGCGUUCAGGGACGACGCGGACAGGCAUGCCAAGACGGCGCUCACCCGCGUCGUGGUGUCCCGCGCCGACGCAGACAUGGAGGAGAUCAAGGACGCCUACGCCAAGCAACACGGGGCUAAGCUCGCCGACGCGGUGGCCAGGAACACCCACGGCCACUACAAGGACGCGCUGCUCGCCAUGAUCGGCAAGUGAUGGAAACCAAGGGUGAUGUGGCCGCUAGCGCCACCCGUGAAUAAGAGAUCUUCCUUUGACGAAAGAGUUGAAUAAGUUUCUACCAUCUUUUCCUAAAUGAAAACAGUUUGUACUCAUGCAUCUUCUUUAGUUCGGCUGAAUGAAAAAAAAAAAAGAACAGCAUGCAACUUGUCC